CUCUAAUUCCCAAGGCCCAAGAAAAUCCGACGCUCGACUCCAUUUCAAGUGUAGUCCCGUUUUUGGCCUUAGAAACCUGAGAACCUCCAUCUUGCGAAGCCAAUCCAUCUCUCCUCACUCUCUUCCUUGUCUACAGCCAUCGGCAUCUUGUCAAAGUCAACUUGUCUCUCCUUCGUCCGUAUAAUUUUGUGUUUUACUGGCAUCGAGAGAGAGUGUGUUGCUGCUGCGUUGCUAUCACAGCCCUUUUUUUCUGACAAUUUUCCACAAAAGUUGCCGUCUUUCAAAUCGUUGGAGUUGGCCGGGUUUCUGUUUUUCUGACUCGAUCUCGGAGCUGUUCGUCUCCCACUUGUUUGUCUGUACUGUUACAUUAUUGUACCUCGACUCCUGUCCGAUUCCGACCUUCCUCCGUCGUUGAUUAUCCCAUCUCACCAUGGCGAGUGCUGCUCUACCCUCUCCGAAGCUGGAUCGGUAUGUGGUCAUCCAUGUAGCCACGACUUGCGAUGAACAUGGGGUCUACGUGACCAAAGACUCGGCAGAAGUCAUUGAAAUGGGCUGGAUCCUGCUCGACAGUAAGACUUGUGACGAGAUCUAUCGAGAGAGUGUCUUGGUGAAGCCGAUCAACACACCUAUCACACCGCUUUGCACCAGCCUCACCACAUUGACCUGGGAACAUGUUCGCAAUGCCGGCUCCUUCCGGGACGCCGUGACUCGGUUCGACCACUUUGCCCAGGAGCAUCUGAUAUCCAAGAAUUUGGAGUUCUCCUUUGUGACACUGGAUGCCUGGGACUUGCGUGUGCAGCUCCCCCGAGAGGCUCGCGACAAAUCAGUCGUCCUACCGGCUUACCUGCAACACUCGCGCACCUUUGACUUGCGCUCAGAGUACGCCCGUUGGCAACAGCACCAUCCAGAGUCCCUGCCCUUCGGCCCCAGCUCCCUAGCAAACAUUUGUGCUGCUCUCGAGGUGGAGCCUGUGCAAUCUUCGGCUCCAAUCAAGCACAACCUGCCUUUCCAUCUGCAGGCUCUGGCGCCUGCCUCCCCUCGCCGCGCCAUGGAGGAGGCGGUCACUCUUGCCAGGGUGCUGCGCGGCCUUAUCCGGAAGUCCCAACCCGCGCAUGAGCACCCGGAUGUCUUGACUCGACCCAUGGACGCCAGGGCUGACGUGAACGCCUUUUUGAAGGAACGUAGCAAAGUCCUCCACAUGAACGGUCUGCCGCACGACACCACCCAGUCUGAACUCGAAAGCUGGUUCACUCAAUUCGGAGGAAGACCCAUUGCUUUCUGGACCCUCCGUACUCCGGACCAGCACAAGCCGACAGGUUCAGGGUUUGCCGUCUUCUCCUCGCACGAAGAGGCUGCUGAAAGUCUCUGCAUGAACGGACGCGCUCUCAACGAAAAGGCCAUCGAGGUCUCGCCUUCAUCAAGCCGAGUCCUCGAUCGUGCCGCCGAGAUUCUCACACCUUUCCCUCCAAGCAAGAAUAGACCUCGACCUGGUGACUGGAAUUGUCCUUCAUGUGGCUUCUCGAACUUUCAGCGCCGUACCGCAUGCUUCCGUUGUUCUUUCCCUGCAGCAGGUUCGGGAGGUGGUGAUCCUUACGGCUACAACGCCUAUGGGUAUGCACCACCACACAUGAUGGGUCACCAUCCCCAUAUGGGUGGUCAUCAUGGUCACGGCAUGGGACAUCAUGGCCGCGGUGGCGCUGGCCCUGUUCCUUUCCGUGCUGGUGACUGGAGAUGCGGUGCAGAAGGAUGUCAAUACCACAACUUCGCCAAAAAUGUUAAUUGCUUGCGCUGUGGCGCUCCCCGUUCGGGCGCCGCGAUCGUUGUCGAUUCUUCUUACCCGUCACCCAUGGGUCCCCCAUCAGAGUUCGGCAUGGGUCCUGGCUCUAUGGCUAGCACUCCAGGUCCUACCCCCUACGGUGCUGGUGCUGCCGCCUUUGGCUCUGGUGCUGCCUUCGCCCAGCCACCGCCUAGCCAGUAUGGCAUGCCUUCUGGCAUGGGUGCUCCCGGCACUGGUUUCCCUCAAAUGGGUGGCAUGGCCCCUGGGUAUGCCUCAAGCAACAUCUCCCACUCAUCGUUUGGCCCCGCGGCUCAAGCUGCUUUCAGUGGCGCCACCGACAAUACCGCUCCAGGAAGCAUGCCCCCUCAGAAUGGCUUCUACGGCAGCGAGCAAGGUGCGGACCCGUUUUCGUUCCUCUCCGCCGGCAUCCAAGGCCUUAGUGUGGGCGAUGAGAACCAGCCGCCACGCCGCAACGGCGGCCCUCAGACUGCUAAAAGUCCUGCUUAGAAGGUCCAACCGGACAUCGCCCUCUGUCAUGGAGUUCUUGAUUCCAAUAACGACUUCGACGACACAACUCAUGUUCAGCAAAUGGUGUUCAGUUCUUUAAUCAUUUCAUGUACUUGACUCUUGCAGAUUCAUGUACAUGUGUUCUCUAGUUUGUAUCGUGAAUAUUGGCGGGCGGUGCUGGAGGUCAGGCUGGGACUGGGGAUUCUUGAUGGGAAUGGCACAUGGAACGUUCUUUGCAUAUGACGAAUGGACGGACCUAGACACUUUGGCUUUAUUUUUUUCUUCUUCCUCUUCUUCGAAAUUGACGGCUUGCUUCACUUUAUCUGCCAGAAAAAAGCCGGUUGGGCGGAGAAACAAGGAGCUUCAAAGGUCUAGACAAACAAUACCUAAGGUUACAGGGCAAGGCCAGGGAUGGAGUGUCGUGUGUCUGCUAUGUGUGAAAUGUGAGCUAUUGCCGGCAUAGCGAUGGAGCAUGAAUAUUUUUUGAUGCCAGCGACCUUUACGAAACAACUGGUGUAUGUGUGUGUGCAGGUGAACGGUUUUUGAAAUUUGAUGUGUUGGAGGGUGGUUGUGAGGCCUGGAAGGGAAAGAGAAGAGAAGGAAAAAGGCAGAGGGCUCAAUCAAUCAACGGCUGGACGUUUCUACUCACCGAGAAGUAAACAGGGGGAAAAUUGCGAUAGGAGACUGACUGGCAGAUUGCAAGCCUUGUCGAUAUUUUUAUCUAAGACUGUAUCAAACAAAGAUUUAUCUCUAUCUAAA